UAGUGGUCUCACAUUGGUCGCGUUAAUUGCUAUUUGUCAUCGAGCUAUGCAGCUCGAACAUUGCAUCUCGCCAGCUCUCGCGCUCUCCAAGAAAUGUAUGAAUGUGGGCAGUGGCUACCCAAAUUCGGAGGGGUCUGAUCUCGCCUUGCACGGCCAUCCUAUUAUAUCCGCUAGUGACAACCUGGAGAGAAGUUCACCUCUGAAAAAAAACUCCGCUGGGAUGACGAAUCAGUCAGAGGCAGACAAUUUCCCCGACUCAAAGGACUCAUCAGGGGACGUCCAGAGAGGCAAACUCUCUCCUGCUCUUGACGGAGUCUCUGAUAUUCGUCACAAUUUCGAUGGAUCUGCUGGAGAAAGGUAUCUCCUUUCACAGUCCAGCCAAACCCAGGCGCUUUCAGCAAGUCCCACCGCCAUGUUCCCCUAUCCGAGCCAGCAUGGACCGACGCACCCAGCAUUUUCCAUCGGAAGUCCAAGUCGCUACAUGGCGCAUCAUCCGGUUAUAACGAAUGGAGCAUAUAAUAGUUUGCUCACCAACACUUCUCCGCAAGGCUACCCGACGGCAGGCUACCCGUACGCGCAACAGUAUGGACACGCUUAUCAAGGGACGGCUUUUUACCAGUUCUCCUCUGCGCAAGCCGGACUCAUACCUGGGAAAGCGCAAGUCUAUUUGUGCAAUAGGGCCUUAUGGCUUAAGUUUCACAGACAUCAGACUGAGAUGAUUAUAACAAAACAAGGGCGGCGAAUGUUCCCGUUUUUAAGUUUCAAUAUAUCCGGCUUGGAUCCUACUGCUCAUUACAAUAUUUUUGUGGACGUAAUCCUCGCGGAUCCAAACCACUGGCGUUUUCAGGGGGGCAAAUGGGUCCCGUGCGGUAAAGCGGACACCAAUGUGACAGGAAACAGGGUGUACAUGCACCCAGAUUCGCCGAACACUGGUGCGCAUUGGAUGCGUCAAGAGAUUUCUUUUGGAAAGCUUAAACUAACGAACAACAAAGGGGCAUCGAACAACACGGGACAGAUGGUGGUCCUACAGUCUCUGCAUAAAUAUCAGCCCAGGCUGCACGUGGUGCAGGUGAACGAGGACGGAACAGAGGACACGAGCCAACCUGGACGCGUACAGACCUUCACCUUCCCGGAGACACAGUUUAUCGCUGUCACGGCGUAUCAAAAUACCGAUAUUACACAGUUAAAAAUCGACCAUAAUCCGUUUGCAAAGGGAUUCCGGGACAACUAUGACACUGUCUACACAGGUUGCGACAUCGAUCGGUUGACGCCGUCCCCGGGUGAGUCUCCGCGCUCCCAGAUCGUGCCUAGUGCGAGAUAUGCCAUGACUGGUUCUUUCCUGCAGGACCAAUUUGUCAGCUCGUAUGCCAAGUCCCGCUUUCACCCUGGCGUCGGUACCGCUCCUGGCACGGACCGCAGCGUCCCACUUAGUAACAGCUUGCUAUCCCCGCAACAAACCGAUGAGACCGCAGUGGCCUCCCCGCAGCGAUGGUUUGUCACCCCUGCCAACAACCGACUGGACUUUGCCGCCUCGGCAUACGAUGCUGCCGCGGCUGCUGAUUUCGCCGGUAACGCGGCCACCCUUCUGUCGUACGCAGCUGCCGGAGUUAAGACUCUCCCCUUGCCCGCAGCGGGGUGCUCUAACAGACCUCUGGGUUAUUACGGGGAGCCCCCGGGGUGGGGCGCGCGCACGCCACCCCAGUACUGCAGCAAAUCGAGCACGGUUCUCUCGUGCUGGCCCUCCAACUCUGUCGGGGGCAGAACGACCGCCUCCGGUUACCUGGUCGGGCUGGAGGAGGGUGACGCCAUCGCGCCGGAGAGAUCUCCGCUCGGCGGGACAGAAGAAGCCAAACCGAAAGACCUGUCGGAAUCCAGCUGGAUAGAAACCCCAUCUUCAAUUAAGUCAAUUGAUUCGAGCGAUUCUGGGAUUUUUGAACAAGCCAAGCGGAGGAGGAUCUCGCCAUCUGCCACACCGGUUUCAGAAACGUCAUCCCCAUUAAAAUCAGAAAUGUUAACACCGAGGGAGUGCGAGAAAAACUGCUCCAAAGACAUUGGCUAUUACAGUUUUUAUUCACACAGUUAGACACUGUAUAACCAGAAUGCAGUGCAUGGGUGUGUCCUGAUAUGUUGAAGGGAUCUGAUUUAUAUUUAUCUAUUAAUAUUUUAUUUAGGGUAUUUAUUUAUUUAUUUAUUUGCGUGUUUAUUUGUAUAUGUAGUUUUAUUAACUGUCAACAUUGUUUAAGAUAGUCCGGGUCUAUGACCUAUCGUACUUUUUAAAACGUUAUAUUAGGUUUACAAAUUAUCUUGUUGCAUUAUCAAGUGGUAUAAUUGUAACUAAAUAAUGUAUAUACCUAUCUAGACAUCCGUAAAAUCUCAUUACAUGUUGAUGUACAGUAUGUAAAAGGACAGAAUUAAUAGAUUCAUGGUGCGAUGUUCUUAGAGAAAAUUCACAAGGUAACAGGCUGUUUAUCUUCAAGAUGCUAAUGUUACAAGUAAAGUGGUAAGGCCCUGUGUCAUUUUAUUCUAAAUGAUGUUCCGAGAUGACUGAAAGGCGCUUCAACCCUCGGGUAGUUAAAUGUAAUAGAAAUCAAAUGGCGUUGUUAUGCAUAGCUCGCUAUAACUGUUGCUUUUUAGAGUCGCGGUGUCUGUUUGGAAAAUAUUAGUCUAUUGUGUCAUUGUUGCUCUCAUUUCGUGUACUUUGCUGUAACGCUGUUGGUAGGCCGUUAAUCAGGAAAAAAAAAUCAUCCUAUUUUUCCGAGAUUUAAAUCCUUGAUAUUCAAAUGCCAAGAUUAAAUUACUUGUACAGGACAGGCGUCAUAUCGUAUGCAUCAUUUUUACCGUGUUACGACCCCUAACGUUUUUUGUGAUUUAAUAGGCAGCUCCAGCGCGACGUCAGUCAGGCCUGCUGACAAAGUAAUGUAAUUGUGGUGUGCUUCUUUGCAAUAAAUAUAACAAACGUAUGAAACCCUUGGAAAAAAUAGCCUGCACAAGACUUGAAAUUAUGGUUGCCUUUGUGUUUAAACUUUGUAGGUUGUAUUAUAUGGACAAUUUAUCAAGACAACAAUAGGCCACGAGAGAUCAUAUGUUGUUUAUGCAAGUCUAACUUCCUUCAUCUAUUAAACUCUGUAAUGUACUUUCAUAUUUCAAUGUACAAAUACAUUAGAAAUUCGUUUUGCAAAGUGUGUCUACUUUGCAUCACAUCCACAGCAGAUCUGGAAGGCAGAUAAGGCCUGUUGGAACCUAA